AUGGGGGAAUACAUAAGAAAAAUACCUUUUUUUAAUGAUUACGAAAAAAAAGAGGAUUUCUUGAAAUUUCCGCAUUUAAAAGAAAAUGAUAAUGAUGAAAAAAGAAACUUAAAUAAAAAUAUUAUAAAUCAUGAUGCUCAUUAUAUAAAAAAAAGGGAGAAUAUGAAGGAUAUUUUAACUUAUAUUCCUUAUUUAAAUAAUAGAACACAAAGAGAUAUUUUAAGUGAAAGAAAAAAUAAGUUAAAAGAAGAUAUUAGUGAAAGUUACUACUCAUAUGAGAAAAAAUAUCCAUUUUUUAUUGAUACAUAUGUAAAAAAAAUUGAAGAAACUAAAUGUAUGAGGGAUGUAUUAAAUAAUAUAUAUGAACCUGACGAAACAAGAAAAAGUCGAAUUUCAGAAGACAUUAAAACAAAGGCUAUGCUAUUUGAAACAAGAAAAAAAUUACUAUUGGAUGAAUUAAGAAGCAGUUAUAAAGAAGAUGAUAAUAUAAUGAGUAACCAUAAAGAAGUGUAUCUAGAUCCAGCAAAGAAUUAUAUGGAUAUAGUAAAGGAUAAGAAUAAAAUAUUAACAUUAAAAAAUUAUGGUUUAGGAUUAACCCCUUCAAAUUUCGUAUUUUCAUACCCUCAUAUUCAAGCUAAAGGAAGAGGCGGCUUUGCAACAGAAAUAAUGAAAUCAAUUAUGUUAAAAAAUAAAAAUGAAAAGAUUAAUAAAAAAAUUAAUAUAAAAGACAUAAAUGAUUUAUAUAAGGAUAAGAACGAUGAAAAGAGGGAAGAGAAAGUCUUUUUAAUGAAAAGUAGAUUCAAAUAUCUAAAUCACACUAAAAAUAGUUAUUUUGUUGAUAAUUAUCUUAAGGAGAAACCAUAUAUUAUAUUGAGAUAUAAAGGAUUCCAAGAAAAGGCAUAA